CCUCGCCUGACUUCUGCGUCUUUGGUCCAGCCCACGUGGUGGGCGCGUACACGGUUGUUUUAAACCCCUUUGUACCAACUCCAUCAUAGUAGAAGCGGGGAUAGCGGCCAUCCUUAAACUUCCCGCCUUCGUCCAGUUCCCGCUGGAGCAGCCGGUUGAUGCCCCUCCAGUGAUCCGCAUCCCAGUGCGUUAUGACGAUAGAGCGGAACUGGAGCGGAUUUGUAGGGCCAAGGUUGCUGUAGGUUUUCUCAAUGUCCUCGAUUGUCUUGGCAAUAUUCCGCGCCGCUGCGUCUCGUGCCAGCCCGCCGUCUAUCAGUACGGCCGACGUGGCUAUUCGCUCGGUUAUAGGGUUUCCGACCGCCUGGCACAGGACAUGGAUGGCACUAUCACCAAGUCCAACAUUGAUGUGGAAGGAUUCGACAAUCGUCGUGGUUUGGGUAGCCAUUGAUGCUUACUACUCGUUGACGCUCACCGUGUAACGUAUUGC